CUCAGUGGCGCCGUUUCCUCCCGUCAGAACCUCUCCUCCUUCAUCCUGCUGAGUUUAAAGAUUUGAUCGGAGGCUGGAGCCGCAUCCCGUCUGAUGCAGUAAGAAGACCAAGAGUUCAGGUCCGACUGGAGGAUUUUAAACUGAAAUGUGUUCCCAGUUCUGGACCGGAGCGCCGGGUCGCGGGCCGAACCACAGGAGGUACACGGUGGGGGAGGGGCAGACUCCUCUGCCUCUGGGCUCCGCAUGUGGCAGGAAACGCCUGCGUUCGUCAGGCGGCGGGGAGGACGAGGCCCGGAGGAGCUGCGCCCGGCGGCCCAACCCCGAGGGUUCGCUGUCAGCCGGCGAGUUGAGCAGCUACGGCAAGCCGGAGGAGGAGAAGCAGCAGCGGCUGUGUCGGCGCUGCCACAUCAUGGCGUCGCAGCUGAACAGGCAGGCUGCCGCUCUGACUGACGCCGCAUCAAUGAAGGAUCCCGCCUACGCCUCCUUCGUCUUCGAUAAGCUGCACCGCCUGCAGUGGUCUCACCGCGGCCGCCAUGCUUCCUGCGACGCCCGCUGCAGCGUCUGCGGCGCCGCCUACCAGCAGCUGAGGCGUCUGGCUCUGGGUCGGGCUCUGGGCGUCAGUGGGGAGAUGGCGCCGCACCCUGCCGCCCCCGCUGCCGCGUCGGCCCCCUGGGAGGCAGAGGAGCUGCCGGUGAAGCAGCAGAGGUGGAUGCAGGAAGAGCAGCAGGGGGGCGGAGCUCCGUGGGGCGGCGUGCACAGCACCUACCUGGGAGGGGGCGGAGCCAAAGGGCUCGCCACGGUUACACCGCUGAACGCUCAUAACUACCUGGAGGGAAUCUGGAGAGUCUCCUGCUGCAGACAUGAACCUCAUCCAGAAACAGGUUCGACAUCAGGCCCGGUUGCCGUGACGACCCAGGACGUCCCAGUGAAACCGGCGGCCCACAGCAUCGCCACCCAAACCAGCCGGGCUCCGUCUGGUGCGGCCGCAUUCUUCAUCAGGGCGGCUCAGAAGCUCAGUUUGUCCCGCAGGAGGAAGUCCCAGCCGGGCCCGGCGGUGCCGCCCGAGGCCCCGGCGCCGGGCCCGCCGCUGUUCACCGGAGGCUUCGGCGGGGCCUUGCAGCUGUCGCCGCCCGCCGUCCCGCCAUGCCUCCUACGGGCCGGGUCAAAGGUCAAGGACACCCCCGGCAUGGGGAAGGUUCGGGUCAUGGUCCGGAUCAGCUCGGCUAACAGCAGCGACUCGGAGUCCUCGUCCUUCCUGAAGGUGGACGGCAGAAAGAAGCAGCUGACUCUGAUUGAGACCCCGAACGGCGGGAACUCUGCGUCCUCUCAGAGACGACCCGCCGCCGCGGCUCCGAAGACCUUCACCUUCGACGCCAUCUUCACUCAGGACGCCUCACAGGCUGAGGUUUGUUCUGGAACCGUGUCAGAGGUCAUCCAGUCGGUGGUGAACGGCGCCGACGGCUGCAUCUUCUGCUACGGACACGCCAACCUGGGGAAGACGUACACCAUGAUUGGCCGGGACUGCUCCACCCAGAGCCUGGGCGUGGCGCCCACCGCCAUCUCCUGGCUCUUCAAGCUCAUCGAGGAGCGCAGGGAGAAAAGCGGGGCUGGUUUCUCCGUCAGAGUGUCGGCGGUGGAGAUCUCCGGCCAGGAGGAGGCGCUGUCCGAUCUCCUGGCUGAACUCUCUGCCUCGGCGGGGAGCCAAGCGGAGGCCCCGGGGCCGGCCGUGUCACUGCGGGAGGAUCCUGUCUGCGGCUCCCAGCUCCAGAACCAGACGGAGCUGCGUGCGACCAGCGCCGAGCGCGCCGCCUACUUCCUGGACGCCGCUCUGGCGGGGAGGAGGAGCAGCCGGACGCCGAACGACCAGGACGCCCGGAGGAACUCCCACUUCCUGUUCACGCUUCACCUCUACCAGGAGAGGGCGGACAAGAGCAACAAGGCAACAGUGUCGGGUCGGAGUCGUCUCCACCUGCUGGACCUGGGCAGCUGUGAGACGGACAUCAGCCGGACCAGGGAGGGCGGCGCCGCUCAGUGUCUGUCCCUGUCCGCUCUGGGGAACGUCAUCCUGGCGCUGUCCAACGGGGCCAAGCACGUCCCCUACAGAGACAGCAAGCUCACCAUGCUGCUCAGCGAGUCUCUGGGUAACAUCAACUGUCGAACCACCAUGAUCGCCCACAUCUCGGACUCACCGGCGAACUUCAUGGAGACGCUGACCACGGUGCAGCUGGCGUCCCGCAUCCACCGCAUGAGGAAGAAGAAAUCCAAAUCUGCCUCCAGCUCUUCCGGAGGCGACAGUUCCUGUGAGGAAGGUCCAUCCCGUCGGCCUCCUCACGCUCAGCCUUUCUACCCCCGGAUCGUGGCUCUGGAUCCUGACAUACCGCUGCUGCUCUCCAGCGAUCCUGACUAUUCCUCCAGCAGUGAACAGUCCUGCGACACCGUUAUUUACGUCGGUCCCGGUGGAACGGCGAUAUCUGACCGAGAGUUGAGCGACAACGAGGGCCCGCCUUCCUUUGUCCCCAUCAUUCCCUCCCUGAACAAGAAGCGAACCAAAGAUUCUCCCCGUUCAGACGGAGAUCCCUUUAAGUGCAACACAUUCGCAGAGCUGCAGGAGAGACUCGACUGCAUUGAUGGCAGCGAAGCUCCAAACACGUUAAGCACAGAGAGCAGAACUACACAACCAAUGAAGAAUCAAACUGGACCAGAAUCUGAUGAGAACUCCUCUCUAAACUUAACCGGACCAGACUCCAGACUCACUUCGGUUGGAAGCCCAGUGGAAUCCUCCAAAAGAACCAGUGCUGAUGGAGAGAAACUCUCCGGUUCCCUCAUUCAGCCAUGUUCGGUACAGUCCAGUGAGCCUUGUUCAUCAGAUCCAGAGCCUGUGGUGAGAGAGAAGGUUAGAGGAGCUGUAACCAGACCAUCACCUCCUCAGUCGUUACCCCAAAGGCCCAUAACAGCACCUGACUCAGGGGCAGCUCUCAGCAGGACUCCCCCAGUGGGUAUGAGCUAUCAAGCACCAAGACAAAGCCAAAUUUUGGAGUUACCAGACAGAGAAAGGUCCCAUCACUCCACAGGUUACGCCAUGGAGGUCAGCGGCCUUCGAGCGGCUUUGUUAGGACGAUGCCUGGACAGAGACUUCCUCAGGACCACCAUCACGCUCCAGCAGCCCGUGGAGCUGAACGGGGAGGAUGAGCUGGUGUUCACCGUCAUAGAGGAGCUUCCCAUCGGCCUCGUCCCGGACAACGGCCGCCCCGCCAACCUCCUCAGCUUCAACCCAGAGUGUUCGCUGCAGGCCUUAUCUGCAGGUUCCCGUCCAGUCAGCAUCAUCAGUAGCAUCAAUGAUGAGUAUGACGCCUACACAACUCAGCAUGGAGUUACAGGAUCAAGCUGCCAUUCAUCUGCAGGAUUAAGACCCGCUGAAAGAGAAGACAGUACUUCAGCAAACAGGUUUUUCAUGAGAGAUGAGAGUACAGCAGCAGAGAGCGUGUCCAUCCUGACCUCACCGGGUAUAUACCAUCGACAGCCAUUUCUGCAGCAUGGCUUGAAGAGUUCGUUGAAUGACAGUGGCAUUUGUUUCUCAGAGCUGGACAGUGAUCCCGCCACACCCAACAAACCACCAUUUACCAAGGCCUCUGGUAUCCCUGAUUCCACCAAAGCCACACCUAAAGGGUCCUCUAAGGCGAGAGCCUUUAGCACUCCCACUUCCUCUUCCCACCACUCCAGUCUUCCCAGGAAAACCAAGCCUACCUCUUCUGGAGCCGUAGGCAACAGCACACAAGAGAACCUGUUGUUUCAGGGAAGCUCCUUCGUUGAUCCAAGAAUGGUUGAGUUUCUCUCUGCAGGCAAGCCAAUGAGAAGUGGCACAGCUAGCAUCUCCCCCAAAAGGUCUGGAGGAAACAGCAACAGUGUUCCUCGAUCUCCGAAGACACAAAUGUCUUCCACAGCUCAGAGAGUCGUUGAUGGCUGCGAGAAGCCCAUCAGCAGAAGAGGAGAUACUCUCAUCAAGCUGCCACGGCUCACACGAGGUGCAACAACUCUGGGAACUGUUUCUACUUCACACAGCUCUGAAACUAAAUGUGGUCAAGAAGCUGCCAGUGUGACAGGGACAUUAAGGUUUUCAUCACUGGGGAAGAAGUCAAAUGGGCAGAAUAGAAGCAUGAUCUCUAAGUCCGGCUCUGGAAACAUCUCUCCUCCUACGCCACUUAUCAGACAGUCCAGCCAAGAACAGAAGACAAGGUUUCCAAGUGCCUUAAGACCGAGCAGUGACAGUGAAAGGUUUGCUUUCCCUAAAAGCUUAACCUCAGAGGAGGAGUUCACCUUCAGGCACCGAGCAGAUUCAUUCAGUCACAACACGUCCAGUUUAAAAAUCGAUCAUGGUUCUGCCAGAAUGUCUUCCAGUCUGAAGACACGGGGAGCCAAAGCAGAUUCUCACAGGUACUAUGGUAGCUUGAGAUCUCUGGAGAGAGGAGACAGUCCAACCUCAACUCUACUGAAACCAGAAGUGUUCAGAGAUGCUAAUGGUGCUGCUGCAGGGAGUAGCUGCAAAUCCAACAGAUCUGUACCAAGACUUGGCCUUCCACCUCUAAACAUUCCCUGUUCCUCCCAAGCCUCUUCUACUUUCCUUUCAACAUCCAGUAAACUAUCGCAGGUCCGAGGUAAUGGUAAUUCCCGUGUUGCUGGUUCUGCUGGACAGAAGGUUCGAACAUCGUCAGCCAGCAGCUCUAAAAGCCUGAGUUCCCCUCCUGGACCCAAUGCCAGCCUACCCCCAACUGGCAAGCCUCCUGCCAGAGCUGGAGCCGGAGUUAAGACGGGAAGAGGCACCAUCAUGGGAACCAAGCAGGUCAUCAGCAGGGCAGCGAACAGCCGGGUCAGCGAGCUCGCCGCCGGUCAGAAGCAGCUCAGCAGAGGGGCUGGAGAAAGCGAAAGUACCGACAGCGGGACGAGUGGCGUCAGCACGCCGCUGCCCUCGCCCUACAGCAAGAUCACAGCCCCCCGACGGCCGCAGCGCUACAGCAGCGGACACGGCAGCGACAACAGCAGCAUCCUCAGCGGGGAGCUUCCCCCCGCCAUGGGCCGCACCGCCUUGUUCUACCACAGCGGGGGCAGCAGCGGCUACGAGAGCAUGAUCCGAGACAGCGAGACGACCGGCAGCACUUCGUCAGCCCACGACUCCAUGAGUGAGAGCGGAGCAUCCGGAUCCAACCGAGGCAGGGUGUCCAAAUCGCCCAAGAAGAGAGGAAACGGCGGCUUCCUGCGGCGGCGGCUGAUCCCCGCGCCGCUGCCGGACGCCUCCGCCCUGGGCAGGAAGGUCGGAGGUCAGUGGGUGGACCUGCCGCCGCUGGGCGGCGCCCUGAAGGAGCCGUUUGAGAUCAAGGUGUACGAGAUCGACGACGUGGAGCGUCUGCACAGGAAGGAGACGGGGUCAGAGCCGCCGCUCCAGGACGUGGAGAAGGUCCUGCUCUGGCGGCAGCAGCGUCUGGAGGAGCUGAGUCGGCGCCGUGCGGCGCUGCAGGCGGAGCUGCAGCAGGUGAAGCUGCACCUGAUGCAGCGUUCCAGCAGGUGGCGCUCAGAGUUCGAUGUGGACCAGAACCUGGACCGGGAGUCGCAGGAGUACCUGGAGGCUCUGGCACAGUCCACGGCGGAGCUGGAGCGCUGCGUCAGCCUCUGCAAGGCCCGCGUCAUGAUGGAGACCUGCUUCGACAUCGGCGUCACCACGGCAACGAGCGCCGCCGCGGUGCAGGACGGCCGCCACAGAGUGUAGGCGCCAUGGAAACGGAGCGAAACUCAAACAAGAUGGGAGUUUUGGAAGUGCCUUUCUACUGCAUUUGUUAUUAAGUUGAACUUCCUUAUUUAAUUAUUUUAUUCUUUAUUUAUCAUAUUUUGUAUUUAUUUUGGUUUUAAUGGUGCUGAAAUCUUUGUUAUGCAAAAUAAUUUGGAAAUAAUCAGUAAAUUUCUAAGAGAAAAGCAGAGUUUAGGUAGAAUAUCAGAAGAUCCAACUUCAGGUUUCUGUUUCUGCUGAUUGUUUUAUUGAGACGUUUUUACAGAAAUUAUAAAUUUUUGACGGUUCUGUCAGAAUCCAGAGAGCCGAGCAGCUGGAACCCGGGUCCGGUUCUGGAGAGAGUCCGGUUCUGUUGAUGCAUUUAACAGAACCAGAACUGUCUGGACAGUUACACUGUAAAAACAGCAAUAAUUUGAUUUAAUUAGCCGUUCACAAUGAUAGAAAUGUUGAUGUCAGAUUUUCAAACUAAAUAUUCAGUUCAGAAGAUAAACAUUAGGUUCCAAACUAAACACUUGCAUCUGAGCCACAUAUGUAUCUAUUUAUUUUGAACAGAUAAUAAAAUAUAAAAAGAGGAAAUGAAUAAAUUAAUUAAAUGUUUAUUUUGCUAACUAAACAUUUUGACCCCAGCUUUUAUUUUGGUAUCAGCAGGCUAAUUUGACUAGCUAAACAUUUAGCCUGGACCUAAAUAUUUGAUUAAGAGCUAAAUAUUCUGCUACCAACCCAAAUAUUUAGUUAGAAAGCUAAAGAUUUAAGUUUGAGCUAAAUAUUUAGUUUGGGAGUUAAAUGUUGGAACUAAAAAUUUAGUUAUUAAAUUAAGUAUUUGAUUUUCAGGUUAAAUUCUUAGUUUAAAUAUUUAGCAACAAAUUAAAUAUUUAUUUUGCUAGCUAAAUGUUUUGCUCGACAAAACCCAGCUUUUAUUUUGAUAUUCCACUUAAGUUCAUUGGGAAGCUACUCUGCAUAUUAAAUAUUUAGUUUCUACAUUUAAUUUUCAAACUAUCUUUCAAAGUAAAUAUUUAUGGAGAGCUAAAUAUUUAGUUAGCAAAAUAAAUAUUUAACUCAGACUUACAAAUUUAGUUGGGAACUAAAUAUUUAGCUUUCUGCCAAAACAUUUUAUUUGAUCUUUGAAGAUAAUCUCUCUCAUUUCUUCCCUGAUUUAAUAAAGCAAAUUAUUUCUGUUCAUUCUCUGAUGGCGCCCCCUACAGGGCUGCAGCUUCAGUUGCUUCUCUGAAUCAGAAUUGAUCCGUUUGGUUGCUCUGUUGCCUCUGAAUGUUGCAGGUUGCUGUAAAUACUGUUUGUUGCUGCGUUCAGACGGACAGACGCUCUCGUCCUCGUCUCUCCUUCUCCUCUUUCUCCUUUCUCUGUUUUCCGCUGCAGAAUCCUCGUUGCUUCGCAGCGUUUAGUUUUCACACAGUGGAAAUGUUCAGUAAGACGUUUAACUUUUCAAACUGGAACCAGGAUGAAAACAUUUUCAUCUCAUUUUUUAUAUUUUUAUCUUUAUGCAUUCAAACUUUCUCAGGCUCUUUUUAACAUUGCUGCAUGAAUUUCUUUCUCCUCUUUUAUAAUCUUGUGUUUUUUGACGUUUCUCUGCCUGUUUUUACGCUUUGUUUUAAUAAUGUGUUUUUUUCUUUUUGUUUUUGUACUGUACAGUUUUUUAAUAAUUUCUAAUAAUGGGUUUGAAACAUUGGAAAAGUUCAAGAUGAGUCGACCAUUUGCAUCCAGGAGAAUAAAAAUAGGAGUUUGUUCAUUUUUAAUGUUUGUUGUUUUUACUUGAUUCCUGUUGGAAAAACCAUGUUUAUUACAACAAGCCGCCACAAGGGGGCAGCAGCGCACGGCCCAAUUGUUGGCUAAUCAUUAUCUUUCCAGCUAAGUGUGAUCAAUAUCUAAUGGUUUCCAG